AUGGACAUCGGGUGCCUCGAGACAGUGGUGGCCAACUCGGCCUACGUGUCGGCCCGCGGGGAUGGCAGCGCCUCCGCCGGGCGGGACAAGAAGAUGCGGGCCAAGCUGAAACUGCCGCACAUCACGCAGUGCGAGCACCUGAAGGGCUCGCUGGACCUGGCCUUCGGCGCCAUCUGCGUGAAGCAGCCCAUCGGCAAGCGGCUCUUCCAGCAGUUCCUGGAGGAGACGGACGAGUUCAAGGCGGCGGGCGGCCUCUGGAAGAGCAUCGAGGACUACAACACGGCGGAGGAGGCCGAGCGGCCCCAGGCGGCCCAGAAGAGCAUCAACAGGUACUUCGACUCGGCCUCCAAGGACUUCUGCGCCUUCCUGGAGGAGAAGGCCAUCAUGCGGGCCAAGGAGGACGCCAAGCACGGCCACGGGGACCUCUUCAAGGAGGCCGAGCAGCAGCUGCUGAAGCACCUGGAGGCCAGUGCCCUGGCCAAGUACACGGAGAGCCUGCACUUCGGCCGCUUCCUGCAGUUCAAGUGGCUGGAGGGCCAGAGCGUGACGGACGAGUGGUUCAUGGACUUCCGGGUGCUGGGCAAGGGGGGCUUCGGGGAGGUGUGCGCCUGCCAGAUGAAGGCCACCGGCAAGAUGUACGCCAACAAGCGGCUGAACAAGAAGCGGCUGAAGAAGCGCCAGGGCUACGAGGGCGCGAUCGUGGAGAAGCGAAUCCUCGCCAAAGUCCACAGCCGCUUCAUCGUCACCUUGGCGUACGCCUUCCAGACCAAGACGGACCUCUGCCUCGUCAUGACGCUGAUGAAUGGGGGAGACCUCAGGUACCACGUGUACAACGUCGACGAGAAGAACCCGGGUUUCUCAGAGGCCAGGGCCAUUUUCUACACAGCACAAAUCAUCUGCGGCCUGGAGCACCUGCACCAGAACCGCAUCGUCUAUCGGGACCUCAAGCCCGAGAACGUGCUGCUGGACGACGCAGGACACGUGCGACUGUCUGAUCUGGGCUUGGCAGUGGAAUUAGCGGAAGGAAAAGACAAGACGAAGGGCUACGCAGGCACCCCAGGAUUUAUGGCUCCGGAGCUCCUCAAAGGGGAGGAAUACGACUCCAGCGUCGAUUACUUCACCCUGGGAGUGACCCUGUUUGAGAUGAUCGCUGCAAAAGGACCGUUCCGCAGCCGCGGGGAGAAGGUCGAGAACAAGGAGGUGACGCGCCGCAUCCUGAACGACCCGGUCACGUACCCGGAGAAGUUCAGCGCCGAGUGCAAGGCCUGCUGUGAGGGGCUGCUGGCCAAGGACCCCGCCGGGCGCCUGGGCUUCAAGAACAACGAGUGCGCCGAGCUGAAGCAGCACCCCCUCUUCCAGAAGAUGAACUGGGGCCGGCUGGAGGCAGGUCUGGUGGAGCCCCCGUUCGUGCCCGACCCCAAGGUGGUCUACGCCAAGGACAUCGGGGACGUGGGCGCCUUCUCCACGGUGAAGGGCGUCGUGCUGGACGACACGGACAAGGCCUUCUACGACGACUUCUCCACGGGCAACAUCCCCAUCCCCUGGCAGGAGGAGAUGAUCGAGACGGGCAUCUUCGGGGAGCUCAACGUCUGGGGUGCCAAGGGGUCCGUCCCGCAGGACCUGGACCGCAACGCGCGCCCCGCCGCCGCCGCCACCGCCAAAUCAGGAACUUGCCUUCUGCUCUGA